UCUCACCUCAUCGCUUCAUCACUUCAACUACAUCCCGACUACCCAUCAUCAGGGAUCAAGUGGAAGACAUGGCCUUAGGAGCGUCUCCUGCCCGGGUCACCCCCUACCUAAUCUAUCUGGUGUUCAUCACCACACUAGGCCCCCUACAGUUUGGAUACCAUCUCGUCAGGAACACUACUCCAACCCUCGUCCUAUCUCCCAGCUAACGUCUCCCAAAAGGCAGAGCUUAAUGCCCCUCAGUCGGUCAUAACAUGCGAACGCCAGUCUAUCCAUGCAGAGGCAAAGACCAUCGACUCAAACCUACCACAAUGCAUCCCCAUGAACCCCUCCCAGUUCGGGCUGGUCUCGUCCAUCUAUACCCUCGGGGGCUUGCUCGGUGCUCUGCUGGCAGGGCCCAUCUCCACCAAGCACGGCCGUCUCCUGACCCUCCGAUCCACCACCGCCUUCUUUAUCGUCGGCCCUCUGGCCGCCACCUUUGCGCCUAAUAUUGCUACGCUGGUUCUGGGUCGGUUGGUGUCGGGGAUCGGGGCCGGUGCCGCCAUCGUGGUCGGUCCAAUCUACAUCUCGGAGAUCGCUCCGCCCACAGCUAGAGGACUCUUCGGCGCGUUCACGCAGAUCAUGACCAAUGUGGGCAUCUUGCUGACCCAGUCUAUUGGCUACUUCCUCAGCAAAGGGAGCAUGUGGCGGGUCAUCCUCGUCAUCGCCGGUCUCGUGGGUUGCAUGGAGCUUCUAGGUCUGACGCUUGUCCCCGAGAGUCCGACGUGGCUGGCGGAGCAUCAGCGUGGUAACGAGGCCCGACAGGUGCUGCAGCGCAUCCGCGGGAAGGAUGCGGACAUUGAAGCGGAGAUGGACGGAUGGCGUCAUGCCAGGGAUCCGGCUCCGGCCUCAGGAGAAGAGCAGUCGCUGCUGGCACCGCCGGCUGGCAAUUUGCCGCCGAAGCAGCCGCCGGUAACAAUGCUCGGCGCGGCAACCAACCCGGCGUAUCGCUCGGCCAUCGUCGCCGUAAUUGGUGUGAUGGUCGCGCAGCAGUUCACCGGCAUCAACAGCAUUAUCAUGUACAGCGUGUCGCUCUUGCAGACCAUCCUGCCGACGACAGCCGCCUUGUUGACCGUGGCCAUCUCCGCCAUCAAUCUGGUCAUCACCCUCGCCUGCUCUCCCCUUCCGGACAAGAUCGGCCGACGCUCGUGUCUUCUCCUCAGUAUCAGCGGCAUGGGAUGCAACUCCGUGCUGCUGGCGCUGGGGAUCUACUACAACCAGAAGGCGCUGUCCGCCAUCGCAGUGCUGCUCUUCGUCUCGUGCUUCGCCGUGGGGCUAGGCCCCGUGCCGUUCAUCCUCGCCUCGGAGCUGGUCGGGCCGGAAGCCGUGGGGGCGACGCAGAGCUGGGCGCUGGGCGCCAACUGGAUCGCCACAUUUGUGGUUGCACAGUUCUUCCCCGUGUUGAAUGAUGUCCUGGGCGGGCGGGGUAGGGUCUACUGGGUUUUUGCGGUCAUGGCUUGUCUGAUGGGGGGGUUCAUCUAUGCAUGGGUCCCGGAGACGAAGGACAAGGCCAAUGCGGAUGAGGUUUGGGGGCGAGUUGACGAGAGGAGGAGGGACUAAUCGUAAUGACUGUUAGAAGUUACCAAAUAUAAUGCGAAU